AUGUCUGACAAUUGGAACAGCGGUAAUGAUAAGUGGAAUGCCGGUGCCGAAGAUAACUGGAAUGAGGGUGGUUUUGGCGCUGAAGAUGGAGGCCACGAAGAAAGUGGUGGUGGUUUUGACGAAGCUGGUGCAUCCGGAAACGACGGCGGCUGUCGCAACUGCGGACAAUCAGGUCAUUUCGCGCGCGAAUGCCCCGAGCCUCGGAAGGCUUCUGGUGCCUGUUUCAACUGCGGCGAAGAAGGGUGA